AUGCCGAUGUCCCGCAGACGUCAGCUUCAUAGCUGCGAUCAAUGCCGCAAGGGAAAGAGAGGCUGCGAUGCACCGAAAAUGCGAAGGGAGAAUGGCUUCUCUUGCUCGAACUGCAAACGAUGGAAGAAAGAUUGCACCUUCAACUGGCUUGCCUUGAAGCACACAGCUCACACCGCAGCCCAGAAAAGGCAACCAUCAACUGCGGCUGAUUCAGAUCGGAAUUGUGAUGUUUCUUCCAUUCCGAGUUCGUGUAGUGUCUUGCUUGAUGAGGCGCUACCGCCUUCACAGUGGCAUGCUCUCAACCCGACGCAAAUGUGCGAGGUGUUGAGUUUCGCUUCCUCUUCGCCGUCAUCGAUUUUCCCGGAAGAAGCAAUUACUGAAGGCGUGGAGUCAAACGGGCCACUAGGUGGCCAGUCUGGAGUAUUUCCUUGGAUCGGUGACUGCCUAGAUGACUGGGAUGCCGAUGCAGUUAUUCAGGGGUCUGAGAAGGCCCUGGAAGGUAUUGACUUGCAGGCCAGUUGGCAUAGCUCUCUGCCAAUCUGCCUUGGUAGCACCUUUGAGCUGUCCCAAGAGCCCGAAGAUGGAUCUAACAAUUCCUCAUCCGAAUCCACGCAGCCAGCGAUCCAGCGUAAAACUCAAGAAUAUUUCCCAAUGUUUACGUCUAAUGAACUCUCGAGUCCCAGUGCCCCACGUUCGUUCUGUAUUGCGUCCGACAAUACGGCAAGGAAAUUUGCUCGUGCAACGAUGACACGCAACUUGAUCCGCAUAUACCAUGACAGUAUGGAAAACGCGCUAUCAUGUUGGUUGACAGAGCACAACUGUCCCUACAGCGACUCGACUGGGGUUGUGCUACCUGAUAGAGGAAUGAAGGAUUGGGGACCUAGUUGGUCAAACCGAAUGUGUAUCAGGGUCUGUCGCUUGGAUCGUGCUUCCUCGUCAAUACGUGGUCGGGCUUUGAGUGCAGAAGAGGAUAGGACAGCAUUCAAGACUCUACAUUUGGCAAUCAUGGCAUUUGCUUCCCAGUGGACUCAGCAUGCCCAGAAAGGUACAGGUUUAUCUGUUCCAGCGGAAAUUGAGCAUGAUGAAAGAGCAAUUCGAGUGAACGUGUGGAACAAAGCAAGACAAGCGUUGGAGCGGUCAACCGGGAUCCCUUCCUUUCGGAUUAUAUUUGCAAAUAUCAUUUUCUCCUUGACUCAGAGUCCGCUGGAUAAAACACAGGACUCCCGCCUGGGCCGCUUAUUAGAGAAUGACCCUGCUCCGGUAUUCCUCGAAAACGCCAACCGUCAACUCUUCACCCUUCGCCAUAAGUUCACAAGGCUACAACGAGAGGCGUCUUGUUUCACACGAGAGAGUAGGCGAGGAUCAAUAGGAUCUACGAUGACUGAUCUCUUCGAAACGACGACUCCUUCCUCUCCACGAAAUGAUCCGAUUCUUACCAGUCAUGAGCACCGCAGUACGCUUGGCCUUAUGUUCUGGUUGGGAGUCAUGUUCGAUACUUUGAGCGCGGCGAUGUAUCAGCGCCCGCUGGUGGUGUCGGAUGAAGACAGUCAAAUUGCAUCAGCAUCGCCUACCAUCCUUGAACCCAGGUACGAGGUUGAUCUCAACGGCUGGAAUAUUCCUGAAAGCCACAGUCUUCACAGGAAAGACGUAUGGGGUGAAUUUUUUCUCCGAUAUCCGACCGAUGACUCAGAAUCAACACCAUCCCAGCCGCGAUGGCCAUGCUCCUAUGAAGAAGCUGCGUCGGUACUUUCCGAGGCAACCCCUGUCAAGGUCUUGCUAUACCGCCGAAUCACGCAACUUCAAACCCUGGUCUAUCGAGGUGCAAGUAGCGAUUGCCUAGAAAACGUGAUCAAGAAGACCAUGCUAGUCUAUGAGCACUGGAAUUCGAUGUAUCAGAGAUUCAUGCUAGACUGCGUUGCUAACCAUGGACUACUUCCCCCUCGCAUACAGUCGUGGUACAUUAUACUUGACGGCCAUUGGCAUCUCGCUACGAUGCUCUUGGCAGAUGUGAUAGAGAGCAUUGACCAAGGGAGACUUAGCUCUAUCACUGAACGUCGCACUCGUGAAGCUACAAAUAUUGUGUCGAAGCUCAGGACGGAUAAUGCCUUUGCGGUCGGUGCACUGGCUCGAUCUUCACUUCAGGGACAAGAUCCCACCAUGAGCGGCCAUUUCCAUGAUUCCCUCAAUGAAGUCGCCUUCUUAGUUGAGCCAUGGACUGUUGUUCUUGUCCAUUGUUUUGCCAAGGCGGGAUAUAUAUCUUUGGAAUAUUUGGAUACUUCAGACGAGCAUGAUGGAUUGGUCGAAAGCUUCAGAGAUAAUUGUGAAGCAUGUAUCUUUGCGCUUCAAUAUCUCGGGAGAAAGUCUGAUAUGGCUUCGCUGGUUGCUGAUAAUCUAUCGAUAUCUUUGGAUUUGAAGAUUAGCAUGAGGAUAUAA